UUUUUUUUUUUUUCCAAGUUAUGAAGAUUUCUUUCCCACAUAAAAGCUAACACGGAGUCUAUCACCUCACUUCUGUCCACGCAGCUGAGUCAUCAUCAUGUGGAGAGGACACCUUUUUGCCUGCUUUUAUCUCGCUGCCCUGGUGACGUCACAAGACGUUACAAUCGAGUGUCGUGAAUAUGAUGUUUUACCCCCCACGCGUCAUCGCAGUCCAUCUCUGCUAGCAGAUUUGAAGGUUGAGUUGGUGAAAGUGUCAGGAAAAGACAUGAUGAAUGUAAGCUGGGCUAUCAACAUUGACGCCAGCAUCGAAUAUCUGAUUGGCACUCGCUUAAGGGGGGAAACUGAUCUCCUCUGUGAAUACACUCCACCUUUGGCCAAGGCUGACAUUACUGGGUCACAUCAGAAAUGGUUUCAUUACUUGGUGAAAGCAAACUAUGGCUCCAACUUAAUCCAAGCAGCCAAUCUUCCUUUGCCGCCGCAGGGCAGCGGCCCCUCUUACAAGUCCAAGAGGGUGUUCAUACCUCGCCCCACACACAGUUGUGCACCAAAGCCUACUUAUUACCCCAAAGGUGAGGAAACGCUAGCUGACCUCACCACACACAGCCCCCGUUCAGAUCCUACACACACCUUCAACAACAUAUUGGUGAUCGUUUAUUUAGGACUUGCUGUUGGCAUGAUCCUCACUUCUGGAUGCAUUUUGUAUAAAAGAUGCGGGAGACACGUUGCCUUUUCGCUGGGCUUUAAAAGACUGCCUACAUCGGCUCGUGUUCCCGUCUCUGUCCUCAUGGUGUACCCUCCUGAGAGCAGAGCCUUCCAGAAGGCCGUAAUGGCAUUGGCAGAGUUUCUGCAGAAGCAUGCUGGCUGCAGCGUGGCGAUCGACGUAUGGCAGCAGGGAAGAAUUGCACAGGUUGGUCCCAUGCGUUGGCUGGUAGAAGAAGUCAAAGCUGCGGAACAUGUCCUCAUCAUCUCUCCACAGCCAAGCUACCCUGCUCCCUCCAACCUCGUCUCCACGGGACCUUCCACACCAGCUUCAGCUCACGACCUUUACCCUCUCGCCCUCAACAUGGUGGCCAGCCACGCUAAGAAUGCCAACGAGCUCGCUAAGUUUUGGGUGUUACAGCUAGGCAAGCACCAGGACAAGAGUUACCUGGCUCCAGAACUGAGCGCCUGCAAACGCUUUUGUUUAUUGAAGGAUUUAAGGAAACUCUGCAGGAGCCUGCACACUCUGAGACAAGAUGGCAAGAUGAGGGCAGAUCUCGUCUUUGGGCCAGACAGUGGAAAGUGUACAGUGAAGUUAAGAGAUGCUGUGGAAAAACUAAGUAGAGAUUGUGUUGUGAUUUCCAGGGAGGCUCAAGCACUCAAUUCUGUCAUCACUGUUUGAAUAUGUGGUUUAUGUAUGUUUUAGAUUAAUAUGAAGAUGUUACCCGAGCUAUAACAUAUAAAAAUUAGGGCUGUCAAAAAUUAACGCGUUAACAGCGGUAACUCAUUUAUUUCAUUAAUUACGUUAAAUGAUUUUGUAUUAUAACGCAUGGUCACCAGAGCAAGCAGGCCUCUCCGUUAUGACAGCAGAUGGAGUUCUACACUGUUGUUCGAAGAACAGUCAGACAGAUUGUGCCGAUCUUUUAUUACUUCAUUCGGACCUGAACACAUCAACAGCAGUACAAUUCCAUCACCAUAUACUGUAUGUAUCUCCAACUCACACACCUCUCUGCCGUUCAUCCGGGGAACGACACUUCCUCAUUCUCAUUUCAAGAACGCGAGAUGCAUUCAGGGACACUCCGAACAUCACAAAAACAGCUUUAUAGUGCGCGCGUGUGCGUGUAUGCGAAUAAACAGGACAAUAAAGAAAAACGAAGUGGAUAUUCUUAUCACUCACUUCGUAACUCUUAAUUCGAAUGUACAACUUGUUACAUUUAAGUAUGCUGGAAAAUACACUGAAAACAAGUACAUUUACUUGAAUUGACAUGAUGUCUUUGCACGCAACCCUUCAUUGCUCAUAAUAACACGUUUUAAAGUGUGAUUCAAAUGUUCUGCUACUAUUAACUUGAUUUUAGCUUCAUUGACAUUCAGUUCAUUUGGAGCAUACAAAUAUACGGUAUAUAGCCCUGUCAUUUAUCUUUCUGUUAAUUAAAUACAGUAAAAAUGGGCAUAUUUCAGACAUAGUUGCUCAUUUUGAUUAAUCGUAAUUAAUUAAUUUAAAAACCGAUUAAUCUGUUUAAUUUCUUUACGCAUUUGACAGCCCUCAUAAAAAUAGAACCAUAAGAUUUUCCUUGUACAUGUUACUGACUAGAUGCUCGUUAAGUGUCUUCCAUGACCAGCACAAGGGGAAAAUAACCAGUGACGUGCGGUCAGGGGAGGCAGGUGAGGCAGAACCUCACCUGUCAUGAAAAAUACAUAAACAAAUAGUAGCAUAAAAUAAAUAAAUGUUUGUUGAACUGUAUUAUAAAUGUAUCGUUUUUUAACAUUUUCUUUAGUAAAAAUUGCUGAAUUUCCAGAUUUCCUGAUCAAAUACAGGGAAGAAACCUAUAUAUAAAAAAAUCACAACCAGAGAGCUAAAUUAUUUACCUAUUUACUGCGGCCGCUGUCAGUGAAGGGCCCUUGGAAUUGUCCUAACUCCCCCCCCUUUAUGGUGCCCCUGACUAUUAUUAUUGCCAGUGCCUAAUGUCAUAGGUAUGACGUUCAAAUGUCAUGUGGUAGGCACUUGCAGUACUCCUACAUCCUGAAGGGGUGGGGGCGUGCAUGAGCUGGCAGGUGCUUCUUUGUCACUGAUCCUUCCACAGAGGAAAAGCCAGCGUUUUUUUUCUUUCCGCUAGCACUAGCUAGCAUCAAAUGAAAUGCAUUCAAUAUAUUUGUAUCCUCUGAUGAGUGAAUGAAUGAAUUUGCCAAGAUGGAGGAUUAUAUACCCAAACUCAUCAAGAGGUGAUCAGACUUUUGCAACAAAGUAGUGGAGAUUUUGCUGGAGAAAAAAAGGCUGGAUGUACUUCAUAUACACAUAAAAGGUAAGAACAAUGUUUUUCAGUUUAUAUGAAAAAAAAAUGUAUCUAAAAAGUGUCUGAAAACAUUUUUUAACCAACGUCAAUCAUUCUGUUUUUUGGUUGUCCUCUUAUUGAGCAACCUGUAUUAACAUAAAAACAUAAAAAGAGUCAGUGCCUCACCAGCCAUGAACAUCACCGCACGUCACUGAAAAUACAAUAACUUAUAUUUUCCAAAAGUUUUUAUACAUUUUGUGCAUUAUAAUAUAUCAUUUCUUUUUUUAAUACAUUGUUGUAUUUGUUGCUCUA